CAGGCACUGCGCGUGGUUACUCAGACGGAAAGGCUCUCACAGCAGAGAGGAUAGGAGAAGAGAAGAGGGAGCAUUCCCUUUGGGAUUCCUAGGCAUCAGCUGCCUGCUCCGACCUGGAUCAUCCGUCCUGAAGAAAAUCGCCACGGCUCAUCCAAGAGACUUUUCUAGCCCACAACACAUCUGGCCGUUCAGGAGACUGAGACUCAGGAUCACCUGCCUGUCUGUGGUGGAUCCUCUCUAUCCCCCUCUCUCCUCUUCUUUAUCUCUGUCUCCUUCCCUCGAUCACUCCCUUCUUUUUUUUGCGGGUGUGAGAGGUGGUUGGUUGGUCAGUGCAUCGUCGUGGGAGAUGUUCUUCUGAUCACGUCCGGCGGCGGUAGCAGCAGCAGGACCGAGUGAGAGAGAGCCGUGCAGCGCUGCGCUGGGCGCCUCACGAGGCGGGAAGAGUCAGCCAGCGCCGUGACAGAGAGAUCCUCUUGCUCUCCCCUCUCUCUCUCCCUCUCUCUCUCUUUCCCUUUCUCUCUCCCACUCGUUUUCUCUGCUUCUCUCAGCCACACUCCCAACACUCAGCACUGCACAGCCUGUCUGCCAGUUCGCAUCAGCGUGCUGCUCUCUCUGUCUCUCUCUCUCUCUCUCUUACUCUUUUACUCUCUCUGGCGUUUUCUGCUCUGGUGUUUUCUUUCUUUCUUUGCUCUGCCUAGUCUGUUUUUCUCUCUUUCCCUCCCUCCUCGCACUGCUCAUCUGUUCUCUCUCUCUCUAUCUCUAUCUCUCUCUCUCGUUCUGCUCUUCCCCCUCUAGCUGUGUGAGUGAUAAACGCCUCUCAGGCUCUCUCUCUCACACACACACACACACACACACACACACACACGGCACAGACAGAUCUUCGCGAUGGGAGAUAAAGGCACACGGGUGUUCAAGAAAGCAAGUCCCAAUGGCAAGCUCACAGUCUACCUUGGGAAGAGAGACUUUGUUGACCAUGUGGACCUUGUGGAGCCAGUCGAUGGUGUUGUUCUAAUCGAUCCAGAGUAUUUAAAGGAGAGGAAAGUGUUUGUAACGCUGACGUGUGCCUUCCGCUACGGCCGCGAGGAUCUGGACGUUCUGGGCCUGACGUUCCGUAAGGACCUCUUCGUGGCCAACAUCCAAGCGUUCCCGCCGGUGGCCGAGGAGAAGAAAAGUCUCACACGCCUGCAGGAGCGCCUCAUCAAGAAGCUUGGGGAGCAUGCGUACCCUUUCACCUUCGAGAUUCCUCCCAACCUGCCUUGCUCCGUCACCCUGCAGCCAGGCCCCGAGGACACAGGAAAGGCCUGUGGGGUGGACUUUGAAGUCAAAGCCUUCUGUGCAGAGAACGUUGAGGAAAAAAUCCACAAAAGGAACUCUGUGCGCCUCGUUAUCAGGAAGGUCCAGUACGCCCCGGAGAAGCCAGGUCCACAGCCCAUGGCCGAGACAACGCGGCAGUUCCUCAUGUCCGACAAGCCUCUUCACCUGGAGGCCUCUCUGGAUAAGGAGAUUUAUUACCAUGGCGAGCCCAUUAGUGUCAAUGUUCAUGUCACCAACAACACUAACAAGACAGUAAAGAAGAUGAAGAUUUCAGUACGUCAGUAUGCAGAUAUAUGCCUGUUCAACACUGCCCAGUACAAGUGCCCAGUUGCAACAGAAGAGUCAGAUGACAUAGUUGCCCCAAGUGCCACGUUCUGUAAGGUCUACACCCUCACCCCCUUCCUGGCCAAUAACCGGGAGAAGAGAGGCCUGGCGCUGGAUGGCAAGCUAAAGCACGAGGACACAAACCUGGCCUCCAGCACGCUGUUAAGAGAAGGGGCCAACAAGGAGAUCCUGGGUAUCAUUGUCUCCUACAAGGUCAAAGUGAAGCUGGUGGUGUCUAGAGGCGGUCUUCUGGGAGAUCUCGCCUCAAGUGAUGUUGCUGUGGAGCUGCCUUUCACGUUAAUGCAUCCAAAACCGAUUGAGGAAUCUUCAUACAGAGAUGCUCCCGAGAGCGACGCGCCCAUCGACACCAACCUGAUUGAAUUCGACACAAACGACGAUGACAUCAUCUUCGAGGACUUUGCGCGGCAGCGGCUCAUCGGGGUGAAAGACGACAAGGAGGAAGAAGACGAGGGAACAGACUCGCCCCGGCUGAACGACAGAUAAGCGCCGAGCGUGGCGGCGUGUUGCGGCUCUUCUCCUGAGGCGGUGGUGUUGCUUUUCCCCAGGCUUUAUCGACAGCCCCAUCGGCUAUAUGAACCUGGAGCUAGGAAGACCCCUUUUCGAUGAAACAGAGAGAGAGAAGGAGAGAGGGAGAGGAAAAACAAACAAACACACACACACACUCAGUGGUGCCGCCGCCGUGUUUCUUGUUCACAUUCGUCUUUCCAUACAGCCGGGACAAGUGUUAGAAAACUAAACCUCUACAUGUUAGGUGCUUGUGUGACCUAGUCAUCAGUGUUGGCAGAAGUAAGGGAGAUAGAGAGAAAGAAAGAGAGAGGGAGAGAGAGAGAGAUAGAUAGAGAAAGAUUUCUGUGCAUAGGCUACUUUAGGGCCACUUUCUAGGCACCUAGGAUUUCCUAUAAAGUUCACUCAAACUGAGGUUGAGCAUUUGUCACCGUGGCUAAAUCUAGCUUUGGCUAAAUCUAGCUUGAGUGGAAGCAUGCCUUGAAAUAAACAUCACUUUGUAAUACAUGUUUUUUUUUAUGUUUUGUUAGGUUUGUUUUGGUUUGUUUUUUGUUGCAUUUUUUGUAUUAGUAGGAAUGAGCAAAUACACAACUCGGUAUUGAUAAUAUAUUUAAUGUAUCAUAUAUGUACUUCUCUUUCCAUAUGUAACUGGGAUCGUUAUCACCAUGACUACUGCCAAAUUCAGUAUGAGCUGCCGAAUGCACCUUCCAUCAGGGAAAACUCCUAUGUGUACAAAUGUAGGGGGGGGGGGGGGGGGUAAGGGGAGAAUUUGGAGAAUUAUUUACUUGUAAACAUAUAGAUAUAUA